CGGACCGGCAGGUUGUCUGUUACGUUCAUCAUCCCAUGGCUGCAAGCAGCGAACUGGACUGCUCCGAGUAUACCCAGCUUACCUUCAGCUGGACUGUGAAAGGCCUCAAGGCUCUCUUCGACGCGUCCAAAGGCGACGCCAAGUCCAAGGCGACCAAGUCCCCGCGAUUCGGGCCAGACGGGCGGUGGCAGGUCCUGUUGUACCCGAAUGCAGGGAGUCCGUUCACGAAGGACAAUGUACCUGCGAGUGGAUCGGACGCGUUGCAAGGCUUCAUAAGUCUCUUCCUUUCGUGUGAGCCGACGGCGGAGGAGAGGGAACGCGCCGCGGCGGAUGGGAAAUGGGUUCGCGAGGGAUCGUUCACGUUCGGGUUCGAGUUGAGGACCGUUAACAAGACCGUCAUUGUCCCUGGCAAAGAGGCCAAGCAGGAUCAGUUCUGCUCCAAGGUCGCCAACUGGGGCUGGUCCCACUAUGCCAGGCGAGAACUUGUCUACUAUAACAACUCUGUCGUCAAGUCCCAGGAUUCCUUUGUCAUCGUCUGUAACAUCAAGUCCUCCCCCACCGUCCCCGACGUGCCAUCGAGCCCCCGCCUUGAUGUUCCGAAGAGCCUCCUUGAGACGUUCGGCUCCUUGCUGCUUUCGGAUAAUCCUGCGCACGCGGACGUAGAAUUCAUCCUGCCGAGGAGAGGGCAAGACCUGUCGAACGCGCGUCAUAUCUACGCGUCGCGGCAGCUGCUAUCACGCGUCGAGUACUUCAGAACAAUGUUCAGCUCCGGCUUCGCAGAGGGCGUGUCCAUGACCGGGGCCGGCGAGAUGUCCGACUCGACCUCGGGCAUGCUCAUCGACUUCGACGAUUCGGACGACGAGGAUAAUAUUGACGACGACCCGGUCGCGGAGUGGGCGAGCGCGACGUCUCAUAGCGUGACAUCGUCUGGGGAGCAGGAUAUGGAGGUAACCGCGGCGUCGUCGAAUGCGACGUUGCCGGCUACCCCAACGGGAGCCGGUGGGAGCGCCAACGCUGGGUCAAAGGAUGUGGACAAUGGGCGAGUGAAGGUGGUGGUGAGGGAUGUGGCGUACAAUACGUACCUCGCGAUGUUGUAUUGGAUUUACACAGACCGCAUCGUCUUCGCGCCCCUCUCCUCCAGCUUCACCACCACCGCCUCCCCCGUCAUCGCACCCAAAACGCCCGCCGUCACCAGCCCCGGCACCCAGCUCGCCAGCCCGCACACGCAGUCCUUCUCCCGGCAGAUGUCCUCGAACAUGCUCAGCAGCUCCUCCUCGUCCUCCAUCGACCCCAAGGCGACGCGGCGGCAGUGGAUCGCGGAGUGGCAGACGAACAACCCGGACCGGCCGGCGCCGUGCUCGGCGAAGGCGAUGUAUCGGUUGGCGGAUCGACUUGGCCUCGAUGAACUCCGGGAACGCGCAUGUCGGCACAUCAUGCGCGGUCUGGGCGUAGAGAACAUCGCGUACGAGGUGUUCUCGCCAUUCGCGGCGACGUUCGACGAGAUUAGGAAGCUUCAAGUCAAGUAUUUCCUCGAAAACUGGUCCCAAGUGCGCUCUUCGGAGGGCAUGCGCGAGGUCUGGCAGCAGAUACGCAACGGGCGGCACCCUGGGUUCGAGGAAGUUUGGCCCGUCAUCGCGUCCAACCUCGAGUUCAACCCGAAGGCGGGGAGCACGGAGGAUGCGGCGAUGACCAUGUAAGGAGGCAAGUCAGCGAUCAAGAGCAAGGUGUGUACAAGUGCACGGCGGAAGAAAGCCCGAGCCGAAGGGCGUUCGCCGGGCAAAGCGAGGGAGGUGGGAGAGGAAUGCGAGGGAGCGAAAGUCUAAUCUGGGAAGGGAUCAAUCUGGACUGCUGGAAUCUUUAAUGUAUAUGUACCUGCGCGCAUCUCAUAAUCAACAACUCUUCCGUUUGCAAUCCUAUAUCAAGAGAUGCGGAUUGCUCGACAUGCGAGCACGAACGAGGC